AUGAUUCAAAAUUUAAUUCAGUUUGGCAAAACAAAAAUCGAAAGUUGUCUUAACCAAGCUUUUAGGCAGCACACUUCUAGAUACCGUAUGUUUUUUGGCAAAACAGUAAUUACCGAUACAGAACAGGUCGAUAGUACCCUUAGAGAAAGAGUUGUCAAGAAAUUGUGUGAAUCGAUUCAAGAUAAAGAAGUUGUUCUUUGCUUCGAUAGAUUUUUCUUCUAUCUUGCUAGUGGAUUCUCUUCCCUUUGCAGCUGA